UUCACCAUGAAAAGAAAAUUAGUUUUAACGUUUUCCUCCAAAAAAAAAAUAAUGUAAAUUCAGUGAGUUUUUAAAUGUUAUUAUAAUUAUAUAGAAUCAUUGAAUGACAUAAAAAGAAAUAGUUUUUUUUUAUAGUUUGUCAACUUGAGGUUUUUUAGGUUAACAUCAGGUUAUCGUGAAUUUAUUAUAUAGUUUAUAAUUGUGAAAAAAAAGAGAGGAAAAAUCAACGAUAAGAAAAUUAUUUUUUUUUUUCUAAACAGUGCUUGAAGUCGAAUGUUUAUUUCUAAAAAGUUCGACAAUUUUGAGAAUAUCAAUAAUGUUAUCAAGAAGAUUGUUAAAAACCGCUGCUAUUGGAACAAUUGGUUUAGGAACUUUUGCAUCGUUACGAGCAAAUGAAUAUGAUAUUGGAUCAAUUGGAAUUGUCAGAUUGGGUCGAGCUGCUGUUACAGUAUUUCUAAUUGGUAAUUAUUAUCAAAAACAUCUUUAUAAAGCAAAUGUUGUUAAAGGAUCAUCAGAAUAUGAGAUAUUAAAAUCUGAAGCCCAUAAAUUUGGCGCUCAAAAACUUUUGGAACUUUGUUGCGCUAAUAAAGGAGUUUACAUUAAGGUUGGACAACAUAUUGGAGCUUUGGAUUAUCUUUUACCGCAAGAAUAUGUGACAAAAUUACGAAUUUUACACAGUUCUGCGCCACAAUCAUCAUUUAAUGAUGUUCUCACUGUAAUUAAAGAGGAUUUUAAAAAAGAUCCAUACGAAAUAUUUACAUUAAUUGAAAAAAAUCCAUUGGGUACAGCAAGUCUUGCACAAGUACAUAAAGCAAUUCUCAAAGAUGGAAAUUCCGUUGCAGUUAAAGUGCAACAUCGUUCAGUUAAAACAAAUGCCUAUGUUGAUGUUAAAACAAUGGCAACUCUCGUGAAAAUUACAUCAUGGAUAUUUCCUGAUUUUAAAUUCGAUUGGCUUGUUGAGGAGACAAAGAAAAAUAUUCCACGUGAAUUAGAUUUCACUCAGGAAGGAAAAAAUGCUGAAAAACUCGAUAAUCUUUUUAAAGAUUAUCAUUGGCUCAAGAUACCGAAAAUUUAUUGGAAUAUUUCUUCAUCGCGAGUAUUAACAAUGGAAUUCAUGGAGGGUGGACAAAUAAAUGAUGUUGAUUAUUUAAAAAAAAAUGGUUUAAAUUUUUUCGAAGUUAGCAAUAAAUUAGGCCGAUUAUAUAGUCAUAUGAUUUUUAUAACUGGUUUUGUUCAUUCCGAUCCACAUCCAGGAAAUAUUCUUGUUAGAAAAAAUGGAAGCAACGCGGAAAUUAUUCUUCUUGAUCAUGGAUUAUAUGCAGAUUUAACAAAUGAAUUUCGUUGGGAAUAUUCAAAACUCUGGUUGGCAAUUCUCGAUGGAGAUAAGGACGCAAUGAAGGAGCACUGUACAAAAUUGGGCGUUGGCGAUUUUUAUGGAUUAUUUUCCUGUAUGGUUUCGGGUAGAACAUGGGAUACAAUAAUAAAUGGUGUACAAAAGAAGAAAUAUUCAAAAACAGAGAAGGAAUUAUUUCAAAAGGAAAUACCAAAUUUAUUACCGCAAAUAAGUCAUGUUUUACAAAAAGUCGAUAGGCAAAUGUUAUUAAUAUUAAAAACAAAUGAUCUUAUUCGUUGUAUUGAAUAUACAUUGAAUACACAAUCGAGAAUGAAUGCAUUUAUGGAAAUGUCAAAAUGUUGCGUUAAAUCUGUAUAUGGUGAAAAAUUUAAAUAUUGUCAUACAAAUUGGUCACGAUUGAAACUUUCCAUUGGUGAGCAAUGGACACUUUUUAAAUUAUCACUCUAUCAUGUUUAUUUAGGUGUUUUAAAUUUUAAUAUUUUAAAGAGUGUCGAUUCACUUCGAAAUAAAGAUUUUUAUCCUAUUUAACAAAAAAUGCGGUGUUAGGAAGGGAUAAUUUUUUUUUUUUUAAUUUAAAUUAACAAACUAGCUAAGCUAUUUCAAAUUUAUUGAAGGGAUUUUUUUUUAAAAAAAUAAUUAAGAUUUUUUCUUCAAUGAAUUGAAGAAAUUAUAAUAUUAUAAAUACCUCAAAUUUGUACCUUAUAUAUUUAUAUAAAAAUGUGCGAAUAUUUAUUUUUAUUUUGUAUGCAAUGUUAAAUGAACAAAAAGUGUUAUUUUUUUAUGAAUGAGAAUUGUAAAAUUAACUUGUACAAAAGUAAUCAAGUCAUUUUUUUGUGCCAUUUUAUGUUAAACAAUUAUUUUUUUUUUUUAUAUAAGCCAAUUUAUUAUGUCACAAGAAACUUGUAAAUAUUCGAUGUUUUAUACAGAAAAUAAUUAGAAAAGAAAAUGUUAAUAAAAAGGAAAAAUCUAUAUCAAAAUAAAUAUACUGUUAAAGCAA